UUAUUCGCGCCUAUAUGCAAAUACGAAUGGACACUAAGAAAGUACCUAAAAUAGGUAACAGUGAGAUCUUAUUGUAUACGUGUGAGUUGUAGUGGCAGUGUAACACUCGGGCCCGAAGGCGCGGCAUGGAGGGCGGGGGGCGACAAUCGCGGCUGCUCAGCAGAUUGCUCGGGAAACUGCGAGGUGACCACCACAAGUAUACUCUGGACAAACGAUACUCACUCACUUCUACCGUCAACGACUCCAAAGAGGUUCAACACUACGCUUCGUCGGCACGCGGCGGAUCCAACAGCGUUUUUUACUUUAAUAUAAAGCCGUCGACUAACGAAGCCCUUCACGUGUCCAGCAUGAGCGAGAGUACAGGCUGCAGCACCACCAAUGAGGACGAAGACCUGGCCGAGGAGCCGCAGGUCUGCUGCCAACCCUCACAGAACGCCUCAUCAGCUAUCGAUGAUGACCAGUUCGGUGCUAACAUUGAUUUGAGAUAUGGCGGACAAUAUUUAACACCAGAACAGCUGCCUGAGUUCUGUGAUCAACUGCAUCACUUGGUUGAAGUGAUAAGAAAUAUACAGUCAUACGCAAAAGUCACUGGAGAAUACCCAAGUGAACUAGAACGGCGGCUAGAACAAGAAGCGCGUGAGGUAGCCGCGCUGGCAGCAGAAGCACGCAACGCGCGCGAGGUGGUGGCGCGCGCGCGGGCGCAGCGCCGUGCUGUGCGCGCGCACAAGAAGCAUCUCGUGUCGCAUCUCGCUAGUCUGAGGGAAUCUGAGGUGCGGGAGCUAGAGAGCACGGUGCGCCUGUCCGACAGGAAACUCUUCAAGAGCUGGGAGGCGCUCAAGGACUCCACCGACCCGGCAGCCUUCGAGCCUCUGCUUGAUGAAAUAAAGAACAAACAAGCAGCGUUAGAGUGCCUGGUCCGUCUGGUGGAUAGCAAACAGGCAGCACUGUCCCGCGCCGCGCCUCUGCCAACUCCACUCCCUCCGCCCGAGACACAUGACAAUGAUGAGUCCGGAACAACUGGUGCUUCGGGCGGUUCGGGCGCGCGUAAGAGGCACGAGGGACCGCGCCGGCCCUCCAAGCGCCGCCGCCGGGAGCCGCGCUCCGUGCCGCUGUCUGGCGAGCCCAGCCGACACGCACCGCCGCCACAGGUUACCCUAUAUAUCCAAGGAACAGAGAGCACAUCACGCUACAGAGUCGGCAGCGCCGGCGCAGUCGCGCUCACGCCUCUGGAACUCCCCUCCGGAGGCAGCGUCAGAGAUAUACUGUUCUUCACCACUAACUGACUGUCUGACAAUAAAUAUUUAUGUAUCGGA